UAAACAGUGUGUCGUAUGCGGAAGCGCCGGGGCUUUAUGGACGAUUCGGGUAUUCUUCACUCUGCUUUUCGGACUUCACCGGUUAUUAUCGUUAUUCUGACCGACAUUGAUUUUGUUUUUGGGGCUCCAAGAAAGCGUUAAGAUGUGUUUGUUUGACGCCCGGCGAGCACAGAGGACGUGACGGCGACAGAGACGGCAGAAUGAACCCCGGUCCUCCCAGAGGAGGCCUCGUUGUUUACUUCAGCGGUCAAUGAGUGAGGCUUUUAAUGGCGGUUUUGUCCUAAAAGUGAUGGUGAGUCCACUGGGAACAUAAAUAUACGGUUAUUUGGCCAACAUGGAGGAUAAAUACAGCAGCAACGUCCUGUCAGGAGGAAAACUGGGGAUGGUGGAAGUUCCUGAUUCAAGGUUAACCAGAUACAUCGUUCUGCUGAUCCUCUCAAAGGUCCUGAAAGCUUUAGGGAUCUUUGAAUCGUACGAUAUCCUCAAAGUCGUUCAUAUAGUUCAGUUCAUCUUCAUAUUGAAGUUAGGGAGUGCUGUAAUUCUGCUUGUCUUUCAAAAACCCUUUUCGUCUGGAAAAGUAAUCUCAAGGCGGCAGUGGAUAAAGUUGGUUAAACAUGCCGUCCUGAGCUGCGUUAUAUCCCUCCUGGGCUUCUUUGGUCUGACUCUCUGUGGACCUUUAAGGACUCUGCUGCUUUUUGAGCACAGCGACGUGGUCGUCAUCGCUCUGCUCGGGGUUCUCUUCACUAACUCAGGAGGGGGACCGUCCAAGACCAGAGGUGCUGCUCUUUUCAUCAUCGCCGUGAUCUGCCUGCUGCUCUUCGAUAACGAUCAGCUGAUGGCGAAGAUGGGAGAUCACCAUCCUGAGGGACAUCACGACAGCGCGCUCACACACUUCCUCUACACGACCAUUUCUCUUUUAGGAGUUGCGGAUCACAAAGGCGGCGUUGUGCUGCUGGUGGUCUCGCUCUGCAUGAAGGUGGGCUUCCACACGGCCUCCAGGAAACUGUCCGUGGAGAUCGGCGGAGCGAAGCGACUCUACGCCCUGGACAACCUGGUUUCUGCUGCGGUGCUGCUGCCCUGGGUGGUCGUCCUGUCAGCAACAACCGAGAGCAAAGUCGACUCCUGGUCCUCCCUCGUCUUCCCGUUUGGGAUGAUCAUCUUCUCCGUCAUGAUCCUGGAGUUUUACGUGGAAGCCGUCUGCAGCGCCAAGAUGGAGGCGCCGCGGUGCGCCCGCUACGGCGCCUUCGCCCUCUUCACCAGCGCCCUGAUGCUGGCUAAUUUCUGGACUCACCCGCUGACGGAUCAGCUCCGCUCCAUGAGCAAGCCGCCGCAGCAGGUCAGCACGGAGCACGUGCUCUCCGGCGGCGUGAUAGUCAGCGCCAUCUUCUUCAUCAUGGCGUCCAGCAUUCUCUCGUCUCCGUCGAAGAAGGGGCAGAAGGGGACCCUGGUGGGUUAUUCUCCUGAAGGGACGCCUCUGUACAACUUCAUGGGGGACGCCCUGCAGCACACGUCACAGUCUCUCCCUCGAUUCAUCAAAGAUUCCCUAAAGCAGAUCCUGGAGGAGUACGACUCCAGGCAGAUCUUCUACUUCCUGUGUCUCAACCUGGCUUUCACGUUUGUGGAGCUGUUUUACGGCGUUUGGACCAACAGCCUGGGACUCAUCUCCGACGGCUUCCACAUGCUGUUCGACUGCUCCGCUCUGGUUCUCGGCCUCUUCGCCGCCCUCAUGACCCGCUGGAAAGCCACCAGGAUCUUCUCCUACGGGUACGGCCGGGUGGAGAUCCUGUCCGGCUUCAUCAACGGCCUCUUCCUGAUGGUCAUUGCCUUCUUCGUGUUUAUGGAAUCGGUCACCCGCCUGUUGGAUCCUCCCAACAUCAACACGGACAUGCUGACUCCGGUGUCCGUCGGAGGCCUGCUGGUCAACCUGGUGGGGAUCUGCGCCUUCAGUCACGCCCACUCCCACGGAGGCAAAAGCUGCGCCUCACACGACCACGGACACGCGCAUCACGGCCACUCCCACGGCGAGCACGGUCACGCCCACGGCGGCCACGGCCACUCCCACGCCGAGCACGGCCACGCCCACGGCGGCCACGGCCACGCCCACAGCUCCGCCAGCCGAGGCAUGAACGCCAACAUGAGAGGCGUCUUCCUCCACGUCCUGGCGGACACUUUGGGCAGCGUCGGGGUGAUCAUCUCCACCAUCCUCAUCCGUCAGUUCGGCUGGCUGAUCGCCGAUCCGAUCUGCUCGCUCUUCAUCUCCACGCUCAUUUUUCUCAGCGUCAUCCCUCUGCUGAAGGACGCCUGCGAGGUUCUGCUCCUGCGGACUCCUCCGGAGCACGAGAAGGAGCUGAGCGGUGCGCUGGAGAAGAUCGAGAAGAUCGAAGGCGUUUUGUCGUACCGAGACGCUCAUUUCUGGAGGCAUUCGGCCAACGUGGUCGCCGGCACCGUCCACCUGCAGGUCAUGUCGGACGUGGUGGAGCAGCGGAUCGUCCAGCAGGUGACGGCCAUCUUGAAAGACGCCGGGGUGAACAACCUGUCGGUGCAGGUGGAAAAGGAGGCGUACUUCCAGCACAUGUCUGGACUCAGCACCGGGUUUCAGGACGUUCUGGCAAUGACCCAGCAGAUGGCGUCGAUUAAAUACCCCAACGACGGGACUCUUAUCAUGUAAAGGACCAACGGAUGCUCUGAAUGCUCCACCGACUCUCCUUUUUCCUCGAUGUACAGUUUAUAAAUGUUUAAAUAAAUCCGAAUUUAACGCUUUCA